ACUCGCACAUGCGCAGAAGCAGCAGUGUAAUUUGUUGAUAUCCUACUUAGUAGUACUCAUUUAGACUGGUAUUUCAAAGCCAAAUUUAUCCCCAGUAUAGGGGUUCCAUUUGCGUUGGGCAGUACAGUUAACUAGAACGUUAUCUAUAUGAAGAGUUGAUGGAAGACACAAGGGAUUUGGCUGAACGCACCCCACGUUCAGAGCGUAAACGGAGAGACUCAUUCGGGAUGUUUGAUGGCUAUGACAGCUGCAGCGAGGAGUCCACCAGCAGCUCCAGCUCAGAGGACAGCGAGGAUGAGGUGGUGCCCUCCAUCCCUGCCAGCCUGCCCAUCAUCAAGAACAAUGGUCAAGUCUAUACCUACCCCGACGGCAAGGCCGGAAUGGCCACUUGUGAGAUGUGUGGGAUGGUUGGAGUACGAGAUGCUUUUUACUCAAAAACCAAGCGCUUCUGCAGUGUGUCCUGUUCUAGGAGUUAUUCCUCGAAUUCCAAAAAAGCUAGCAUCUUGGCAAGACUCCAGGGCAAACCACCAACAAAAAAGGCAAAAGUCUUACAGAAACAGCCUCUUAUGGCAAAGUUGGCAGCUUACGCCCAGUACCAAGCAAGUCAACAGAACCAGGCCAAAUCAAAAGCCGUGGUCCCUGCGGAGAGCUUUGACUGGGGUCGGUAUAUCUGUAGCAAUAACACGAUUGGAGCCCCCGUCAGCUGCUUCAAGCACGCCCCUAUGGGGACGUGCUGGGGAGACAUAGAAGAAGGAGUGAGGAUUGAAGUGUUAAACUCUGAUACCAACCUCUCCACUAAGGUGUACUGGAUAGCAGAAAUCAUUAAGAUAGCAGGGUUCAAGGCUCUCCUGCGGUACGAGGGCUUUGACAACGACACCAGUAAGGACUUCUGGUGUAAUCUCUGCAUCCCUGAGGUGCACCCAGUGGGAUGGUGCGCUUCAAGUGGCAAACCCCUUGUACCUCCAAAAAGCAUACAGCAUAAGUACUCUAACUGGAAAGCCUUUCUUGUGAAGCGUCUCACUGGAGUUAAAACACUGCCACCUGACUUUAAUGCCAAGGUACACGAGAACAUGCAGUUCCCGUUCAAGAAGCUGAUGCGGGUAGAGGUGGUGGAUAAGAACUACCUGUGCCGGACACGGGUGGCGCUGGUGGAGCAGGUAAUCGGAGGUCGCCUCAGGCUGGUCUAUGAGGAGAGCCAGGACAGGUCGGAUGACUUCUGGUGCCACAUGUACAGCCCCCUCAUCCAUAAUAUAGGCUGGUCGCGCAGCAUCGGACACCGCUUCAAACGAUCCGAUGUUACAAAGAAAAUUGAGGGUCAAGUUGAUGCUCCUGCACAGUUCUUCCAGAAGGUGAAAGAUGUGGACCAGAGUGGGGAUUGGUUUAAAGAUGGGAUGAAGUUGGAAGCCAUCGACCCCCUCAACCUCUCAGCUAUAUGUGUAGCCACUGUAAGAAAGGUGUUGGCAGACGGGUACCUCAUGAUCGGGAUCGACGGUUCGGAGGCAGUGGACGGAUCAGACUGGUUCUGCUACCACAGCACCUCCCCUUCCAUCUUCCCUGUCGGCUUCUGUGAAAUCAACAACAUUGAACUCACGCCCCCAAGAGGGUACACUAAACUGCCACUUAAAUGGUUUGACUACCUCAGAGAAACAGGUUCAAUAGCUGCUCCUGUCAAGCUCUUUAACAAGGAGGUUCCCAAUCACGGUUUCCGGCAAGGCAUGAAGCUGGAGGCUGUUGAUCUAAUGGAGCCGCGGCUGGUGUGUGUUGCCACGGUGACGAGGAUUGUGCACCGGCUACUGAGGAUCCACUUUGACGGCUGGGAGGAUGAGUAUGACCAGUGGGUGGACUGCGAGUCACCUGACCUCUACCCUGUGGGCUGGUGUCAGCUGACGGGCUACCAACUCCAGCCCCCCGCCUCACAGAGUAACAGAGAAAUGCCUCAAUCUUUACCCAAGCAGAAGAAAAAAGCCCAGCAGUACAAAGGCCAAAAGAAAAAGAGGAAGAUUCCGGUUGGUCGACGGCCCUUCAGUCAGACAGGCAGGAGGAGGAGCAGCUUCUCAGGGGACGAAGAGCAGAGUCCGCCCCCUUACCUUGUCCAGGGGCCCACUCGGCCCCGACCCCGAACCCACCUCCACCAAACCCACAAAUCAGACUCUCUCCUGCGAAUGAAGGAGGAGACGGCCGAGGUGGACGAGUUCACCUUCUCACAGGGCACCUCGGACCAGGAGAGCAACGGCUCGGGCAGCUACUACAUCAAACAGGAGCCCUGAGGUCACGAGGUCAGGACAGAGCAGCACCAACCAGGACAGGACGCACCUCUGGAAAACCCCAUCCAACAUCAGGAACAUGGAGAGUGGAACCAGCCUCAAAUCAAAUUCCGAUCAAUGCCUGUGGCGUUGGUCUGAAUUUGGCUUCUAUUGAGUCAGUACAGAAGAUGAGGAGGAGAAGGGGGUCGUUUUCAUGCUUCUGAAAAAUCCUGAAGGGAACAUCCCUCUGAACAAUUUUCGAACCUUGUAGCUGUGUGUGCACAAAAUCACUCAAGAAACCUGUAUGAUUGAGGGGUUGGAAAGCACCCAGGGUCGGGCCUGGGUCACGUGUGUUUGGGCAUUCUCUUUUGUACCACCCUCGGGUGACGCAACAUCAUUCUCUCCUCUGCAUUUUUCUACAGAAAUGGGGGCCCUGCAAGUCGACAUCAGCCCACCCUGCCUCUGCCACAAUCUGGGCCGCACACAGAGACCUGUAGAAACUGUGAGAACCAUUUAUUGAGCCAGGUCUUUAGUUUUUUUGUGUGUGUUUUUUGUUUGUUUUCAGGUCAGAGAGUCAGCCACUGAAUGGCCUGAGGAGAGCAGAGGGGCUGGCAGUAAGAGGAACUGAGUUGUGUAUAUUUUGAUUCUUUUCUUCUGAACAAUAUUGCCAGGUGGACUUUUACUUUGUUAAUAGUACUUGAAGUUUUUUGUCUUUUAUUUUGUAAUGAUAAUGAUUUUGAAGUUGUUUUUGUCUUAAUGUACUUAUUUUGCAUUUACGUUUUGGUGGCUGUGUGGGAAAUUUAUGUGCAUUGUUCCAUAAAAGUGAUUAUAUUCAUAUAGUAUGCGGAGACCUAUUCAGAUAGAACUACAGAGUAUAGAUUUUAAGGAUUGUGAUUUGAAGAGAGUACAGUGCUGCGCAGCAUUACUGAUAUUGAUCUUUUUAUUAUUUUUAAUUUUGUUUCUUCCAAGAUUGACCAGAAGAUUUCCACAGCUGCAUUCAUUUCUGAUUCAGACAUUACAGAACCAAAAUCUGAUUCAAGUUCAACAAUAUCAUAAUAUCAUAAUAACAGUAUUCAUACUAGGGCCACCCCAGCUUGCAGGUUCCAUCAAAGUCAUAAAACGUCUAGGGCUGCAACUAAAAUGUUUUCAUUAUGCAUACAUAUAUUUUGAUUAAUACUUUGGAAAAUGGUGACAAAUGCCCAGAACAAUUUAUAAAUUUAAAAGUAUUCAGUUCACAAUGAGAUAACACGGAGAAGCUGGUACCAGCAUCCGUUUGGGUAUUUUUAAAUGAUUAAUCGGAUUAUUAGGAUUGUUGCGGAUACAUUUUCUAAUUAAUCGAUUAAUCUACUAAUUGUUUGAGCGUUAAAAAUGUCCACAUUAAAGCUGCCCCUGCUGCCUUUAGAAGGGGUGUUUGUUUUUUGUUUUGUUUAUGUGUUUAAGACCGCUACGGGGUGACAUUUAGCAGCUAAUAGCUCCCUCUGUUGUAGUGCCAGUUACAGUGAUUGGAUGGACAUGGUGCAGCUUGGAGCAGUAAUACAUCUCGUGCACUUGUUGUGGAGACUCGUCCUUACCAUUGUUUUAAUUAAUUACAGACCUUCUCUUGCACAUUCCAUUGGGCUUUCACUAACACUGUACAGUUUGUACAUCUUAAUAUCCUUCAGCUAUUUUAAGUGGGCAUUAUGGGGAAUAUCUGGCUUUUGUUACAACUGCUUUAACGUCCACAUUUUGAGCUAUGUUCCCCCCAAAACUGUGACCUUUACGCGACCUUUCCUUCACGGCCCAGCUGGUAAACCUGCCCGUAGGUUACAUAAGCCAGGAUAAGCUUAAUAAAGAGAGCACAUAUGGAAUGAGCCAACAGUGUCGAGUGGCUUUGAUCGCUCCGUGUGGAGCUUUAGGGACCUAUCACAGUAAUCACAACUCCCACAAUACCACUAACUGUGGAUUAGUAACUGCUGUAGCAGGACUUGAUCAGUGCUGGGAGAAAACAGUCUUCUUCCUGUACUAAAAAAAUAGCACUUGCAGAAAUGUACAAGCUAUCAUUGUGAAUGUUUUGUAGUGUUGAACAGAAAUGAUGAAGCUGUGGAGAGAGAAAAAAUCACCUUUGUUUUAAAGAAAUACUAAAAGACAAACUAAUUUGCAUAGUGUGACUAAGUGAGCAGCAGGGUAUGUUGUCUAAAAGAGAAACCUUACUGGUAUGAUAGGGUGCACUCUGACACAUUACUCCCACUGUCCAGCCCUACAACGUGUACUUUGACCUUUUUACAUUUUGGAUGUAGCUGCUGUCAGGGAGAAACCUCAGUCUUUUUGGACAGACAGGCAACGCAACUGACCAAUGUUGGCCUCAUUUAUCACCCAAACUGUACAGCAUGUUAAAAUGUUGCGGAUGCUGGCAGACCCAUCACUUACAGCAGAGACCGGCGUUCUGUUGUGUUUUGGAUCAUGUCUGCUGUAUUCAUACCCAGAGAAGGACAGACGCUCAGAGUUCCAUCUGGGACUCCUCCUCAGUUAUAUGGAGUCUGGAGUAUGCCACCAGACUAAUUAUAGACUUUGUCAGUGUUAAAUUAUAGUCAAUUAAUACAUUUAAAAAAGCAAUUGUAAAUAGAUUGCUACAUUUUUUUUUAUUUAGACAAUGCAUUUAAAAAAACUAAAUAGAAAAAAAAAAAGUCAUUUGCCAAUUAAUAUUUCUAUUUCCUUAUUCUCUGUAAAUUACUAAUUGAGUUUUGAAAUGGAACGGCAGAAUGAACUGUAUUUAAAGAAGGACCCACCCAUAUAGUGCCUCUGUGUAGUGCCUCUGUCGACAGGAGCUCAGCUGUCACAUGUUUGCAGGACUCCGUCUCUGUGUGGGUUGAAUUAUAUGUAAUAUUUAGGUAGCACACUGUCUAAACAUCUUGAAUGUGAAUUAAUUAUUUCUGAUAAUUAAUGGAGUAGCAAAGUAAAAUUGAAUUUUGAAAUUGAAAUUUUGAGAUUCCAUGUUAAAAUACAGUUAUUAAUUAAUUAAUCACAAAUCAAACAUAGGAUACAUAUAACAUAAGAAUAAAGAAAUACAAUUAAUAAUUGGCAGAUUUGAUGAUUUUUAUUUUACUUUUAUUUUUUUGAUUCAUCACUCAAAUGUAAUUUCAAAUAAUCAAUGUAUAAUUGCUUUUUUUUUUUUUAAAUGAGGAAUGUAUUAAUUUAAUAUAAUCAAACACUGAAAAUGUGGCACACUCAAGAAUAAGAGGUUGGACUCCUGUCAUGGCGAGAGGAACGCAGGAAAAUCUGCCUUGGUUAAACAGUCUCAUAAGCAGUUUUGUUGUCCAAAUGCAAAAAAAGAAUAUGGUAAAUAUUUUAUUAGGGUAAUAUGCAAAGCAUUAGUGUUUUUUUUUUUUUCAAUUGCUUAGGUUAUCCUCAUGUCAAAGCCAUAUGUAUGCAAGCUAGUUUAUGAUUCACCUGAGCCACAGAAUAACAGGUUUGUUGUUUAAUAAUGAAACAUAACAAUGCACUGCUUUUCCAAGUGUCUGAGGGCAGCGUUCACAUAAGACAACAGGAUCUAAAAGUGGCAUAAAUACAUAGAUUCUCUCUAUCUAUAUAUAUAUAUAUAUAUAUCUAUCUAUAUCUAUAUAUAUAUAUAUAUAUAUAUAUAUCUGUCUAUAGAUAUAUAUAUUCUUCAUAACUAUGAUGGUAUGGAGUAACAAAUCCUGAUUAGUCAGAAAUCCAUGCUUGGCCGUGGAAAAGACCAGACUGCUUCUUUCAUCCUUAGAGCUAGAGUUUUGCAGCUGUUUAUCUACUACCUCCUGAUGCUAGUCACGUUUAGCUAAAACAAGAGUGUGAAAUAGACUAUGGCAGUGUGUUAGCAUAUGCAAAUGAAAAUGAUUUCCUAAAAAUGAUCCACUUGAAGACUAGACACCAAACAUGGAAGAAUUUUUAUCACAGCACAUGAGGAGUCUUCUAAUUUGAAUGAUGCAAUAAUAAUAGAUCCCAUAUUAUUUUGCUAUGUUAUAAAACGUAUAGCACCCUCAAAUGUCAUGAUCACUACAUUUAUAUAAUUAACAUAUGAGAUAAUUUAACAAAGUGGUAUUGUAUAACUGUGAUUUUUGUGAGCAAGAGUUCAUAUAUGGAGUACUCACUGUAUGGCCAAAGGCUGUAUUGAAAUGCAGAGCAGAUUUAAACUUCUCAGUGACGGUAAAAGAUCCAUAAUUUCUCUUUCUACCAGUAAGGUUCAUGAUUAAAUUCUCAGGAAGUUUUUGUUUCUUUUUUGGCUGUAAGGGUCGUAACUACAAGUCUGAAUCAGCUGGGUUUGAAAAGCUCAAAGGCGUCUUCAUCAUGUGCAUCUCCUCUAUGGAAGCAAAUAAGUGCCCUAAUAACUAGAAUCUUUUAAGCAACUGAAAUAGUACUUCUGAAAUUGAACCACUCUUGAAUACUUAAUACUGAAAUUUAAAUACCGCUGAAUUUGGGUGGUUUGAAAUUUCCGGCAGGGUUGGUGCAAGAUGAAGCACUUUAUUUGUUUCAAUAGUUCUAUGUUAUUUAAAGUCCCAAAAGAUACGUUUUUUUAACUUGUGGGCAAAAUGUAAUGUGUGCACACAAGAUUAAACAAAAACAACAUUUUGGGACUUCGGGGGCACCCUGCAAGUUGAAUUGGAGCAAUUUGAAUAUAGUUUUUCGAAUAUUCAACACUUGAAUUUUCUAUCUGAGUUUGUGAAAAAAAAAAAAAAAAAAAACAAUACUGAAAGGUACUUAAGUUUCAACAUAAUGUGUUCAGCUGUGGUAAAAUGUCACAUUCAGGUACUCGGUUGAUUUCAAGAAUUAUUCGGGCGCUUGUUUGCUUCCAUACUAUUCAAACAACAAAGGUCUGAUCUCGCUUACCAUUUCAUGUAUUUUUGUCCAUGUUUUGUAUCUUUUUAAUCCGUCUUCAUGUUAAAUUCUACAUUUGAGUGAUGACUCAAAAACACAUGGAUGUUGCUUUCUUUGGUUUUAAUUUGCUUUUUGUAGCUUCCUGUUUCCUUUUAUUUCCUAAUGGGAUGUGAUAUUAGUUUUCUACCAGUUUCAUUUUUAAUUUGUCUCCUGAUCAGAUUGGGUACAAAGCUCAGCUGAAACGCUAAGCUUCUAAGACCAAAUGAGCAAUAAAAGACAGUCCUCUCACAAUCAUUUGAAGCAAAUAUGUUUCAGGUUUGGAGCUGUCAUAGGAGUUGUUUUCCUCUGAUGUUGGAGGGCAUAAAGAAGCAUUAAAGUAAUUCAUGACCAAACUGCAUUAAUAUAAUAGUACAAAAAAAAUAAGACUGUUCUAUGGACUAACUGCUGCUACCCUUCUCUAGAUUAACCCUAAAUAAUCAAAUGCACAAUCAACACUGUUUUGGAUCUUCUGUUUCUCACUUUUCUUUGUAGAUAUUCGACUUUCUUGUUUCCCCUUGAUCCCCAAAUCUAAAAAUGGAACAAGUUUGACCUCCAUCCAUGGGUAGCUGUGUACUUAAAGUGUUUGGGCAUCAGUAGUUGGAGCUGGAAGCAAAGAGUUGAUUUGGGAUUGGGUGCACUGAUCAACUGAAUGCAUGUAGAACAGAACGCGUUGUGCCGAUGUUGUGCAGAUGUUGUGCAGAGCUUGGUUGUUUGUUUGUUUUUGUUUUUUUGUUGUUGUAAUCGUCAUUGGUUGUUUUUCAGUCUGCUUUUGCUCCUCCACUGAUCAGAAAAUGUAUGGAAGCAAAUUUCUGCCAAGAAAAAAAAAUACAUUAAAAGUUAGCCAUGAUAAAAAUAAAAAUACUCAAGCUAAACCAAAUUUUUAAGUAAAAGUAUGAGAUAUUAAGUCAAAAUUAUUAAAUAGGCAAAAUGUUGUCUACUUUAAUAAUUUACUAUCUCUCAGUUUUGAUUUAAAUCUUGACAUAUUUCAUAAUUUCAACCUAGUUAUUUCUUAAUUUGGACUUAACUUUGGCUUACUAUCAUAAUUUUGCCUUAGUAAAUUCAAAUUUUGACAUAGUAUCUCAUAAUUGACUUAAAUUUUGGCUUGCUAUAUCAUAAUUUUGACUAAUCAUGAGUAUUUUUAUUUUUAUCGUGUAUUUUUCGUUCCCUGGCGGACUCGGUUGUGGGUGCAGAGCUCUUUCUGCCAGAUGUGGACAGUGAUGAGGAGCGGGCUGCAGUUGGAUAUUUGUUUUUUCGAUACUAACACGGGUCUUUUGUAUGUGAUAGCCUGCCCCCCCAUUAUAUUAAAACAUUAUAUUGUGGUGCUAUAUAUAUUUGAUAAAAAUUACUAAAUGUAUUGGGAUUACUAUUGUCUGAAAAUAAUUGUGAGUUGAGAGGGUUAUGGUGCAAAAUUUAUUUUGGAUACAAAUGAAAAAAAAAAUCUGUUAAUAGUUAUAAAUCUAUUGAUAUUAACACUGACCCCUGAGGUACAUUAUUAGAUUGCAGUUCAAAGUUUGUACAUCUUUUUGAUAGUGUAUACCAGUUUCCUUUCAUAUGGUAAAUUUGUGCUGUGAUCAAGCUUUGAUAGACUUUGUAAAUAAAGACAAAUGUUUGGAUCAUAAUAUUGGUUGUAAUGAAUGGCUUCUUUGUUUACAAGCAUUGCAAACUGUUUCUGCAUGGCUGUGAAAGUUUAUCCGGUGAUUUUUGUAAGAUCUGACUUUUACACUGAAUAAAAAGGCUUAUGAUUUCAAA